AUUCACAAAAAAGGUUGUUUUACAAAUACAAAUCACUAUAGGCCUAUUACUAUACUAUCUUGCGUAGAUAAAAUUAUAGAAAAAUAUUUUGGACAAAAAAUUAAUGAGUUCUUAUCGAACAAUGGCAUCAUUCAUGAGAAACAAUUCGGAUUCCAAAGAAAGAAGAGUACCACUCAACUUCUAUCUUUGUUUACUGAGGAGGUUAAUAAUCACUUGAAUAAUAAAAGACAUGUACUUGCAAUCAUGAUUGAUUUCAGCAAAGCUUUUGAUACACUUAACCACGAAACGCUUUAUAAAAAAAUGCAGCAGAAUGGCAUACAGGGACCAACGCUGGAUUGGUUUAAAAACUAUCAUACAAACAGAUACAAUACAGUUAGUAUUGCCGGUGAGCAUAGUGACCUAAAACAAUCCCUACGGGGCACGGCCCAAGGGUCGGUUAUUGGUCCAACUGAAUAUUUGAUUUAUGUAAACGAUAUGUGUAAACUAUUCCAGCGUGCUUCUGUUUACCAAUUUGCUGACGACACAUGUCUAAUAGUAGGAUGUCAUGACCUAGAGGUUGCGCAAUGUACAAUGCAAAAAGAAUUUGAUCUGUUAUGUAAAUGGGCGCACGACGUUGGUUUAUCCAUCAAUUAUGAAAAAACUAAGUUAAUGCACAUUCACUCAUCAUACCUAAAAUCUAGCAUUACACCAACAAUCGUAGCCCACGAACAUAACUGUAUGCAUCUUCAACAAACACCAUGUGAUUGUAAGCCUCUUGAAAUUGUAAAACAACAUACCUACCUUGGCCUAGUAAUAGACGAUAAAUUUAAUUGGGGUCCGCAUGUGGACCAUGUGUGUAAUAGGUUAAGAGCUAUAUUGGCUAAGAUUAAAAUUCUAAAACAAAAGAUACCAUACAACACCUUGAGAUUACUAUACUUGUCCAUGGCAGACUCAAUAAUAAACUACGGCAUAACGAGUUAUGGCUAUACCUAUAAAACAUACCUAAAACGUAUUUAUAACAUCCAAACCAGACUGUUAAAAACAAUAGUACCAUUAAAAAUUAAAUAUGAACAUAGAAAUAAUUAUGAAAACUUGUUCCAAUAUUGUAAAGUAAUGAGUGUAUAUGAUAAAGUAAAACUUGCAAUUGUAUGUGAUAAUCAGAAUAAGAUACAGUCACUUAACUUAAAGAAGAGAUAUGGUAGCCUACGAACUCUGCCAAAAACACCCACAUUUAAUAUACCUAAUUGUAAUAACGAAUACGGAAGAAGAAUUUGGACGUACAGCCUACCCCAUAUAUUAAACUCACUACCAAAAACUUUAAUAAAUAAUGUAAGAGAUGCAAAUCCAAAGCAAGUUCGAAGUUUACUUAAACGUUACUAUAUAUAUGACAGAUAUAAGAAAGAAGGGGAUGUACGUGCAGAUAAUUCACAUCCAGAAUGAUAAUUGUACUAUGUUUGUAUUGAAAAGGCACUUAAUUAUAACCACAUAGUUAUGUAAAUGAGGGCAACCUUCCCAGGGAUAAAAAUCUCAAAUAUGUAAAGAUUAAACCCGGGAAUUACUAAUUUAUCCAAUUAACCUUUUUUAUGAAAUAAACAGUUCAA